AUGCUUUUCAUAUUCGUACUUUAUUCGACAUCGAAUGCACUCCAGUGGAUACAAUAUUCCAUAAUAUCAAACGUAAUAACAAAAUAUUAUAACGUGACGUCAUAUUGGGUCGAUUGGACGUCCAUGAUUUACAUGAUCACGUACAUUCCAUUAAUAUUUCCAGCAUCUUGGGUUUUAAGUAAAUACGGGUUAAGAACGGCUUGUAUAAUAGGAGCUACUGGAAAUUGUUUAGGUGCCUGGAUAAAAGUAGCUUCCGCGGAUCCCGGUAUGUUUAAUGUUACUUUCAUCGGACAAACGAUUGUUGCUGUUUCUCAGGUUUUUGUUUUGAGCGUUCCGGCACGUUUGGCUGCUGUUUGGUUUGGUGCCGAUGAAGUGUCCAGCGCGUGUUCGAUUGGAGUUUUUGGCAAUCAGCUUGGCAUCGCACUCGGUUUUUUAUUUCCACCAAUGAUUGUGAGAGAUCACGAAGAUGUCGAUUUAAUAACGAGAGAUUUAAAAUUUUUAUAUUAUUCAAUUGCCGUUUUCACGAGUUUUGUGUUCAUAUUAAUUCUCGCCGCAUUCCAAAGUGCUCCAUCGCUUCCUCCGAGUAGAGCACAAGCUUCCAGACUGGAGGACGAAAGUUCAUUUUCAUCAUCGAUGCAAAAAUUAUUUUUCAAUCGUGGUUACAUGCUCCUUUUAAUUUCAUACGGAAUAAUGGUCGGAGUUUUUUAUGCCAUAUCAACACUUUUAAAUCAAAUAAUUCUCCAGUUUUUUCCGGGACACGAAUUAGAUGCUGGAAGAAUCGGUUUGACGAUUGUUGUUGCUGGAAUGUUAGGUUCAGUUCUAUGCGGAUUUAUACUCGAUAAAACGCAUCAUUUUAAGUACGUAACUCUUGGCAUUUAUUGUUUGUCUUUUCUCGGAAUGUUGUCCUUCAUGUUCACCAUCGAUUUGGGAAGUAUCGUGUUGGUGUAUGUGGUGAGCGGUGGCCUCGGUUUUUUCAUGACCGGUUAUCUUCCUGUCGGUUUUGAAUUUGCCGCCGAAUUGACAUAUCCGGAACCGGAAGGUACGUCUGCAGGUUUGCUCAACGCAUCAUCUCAAGUAUUUGGAAUAAUAUUCACGAUAUUUUAUGCUCAUCUUUACAAAGAUUACGGACAAAGAAUUUCUGAUGGCGUCAUGAGCGCAUGUUUAGCAUUGGGAUUCAUAAUGACUUUAAUGAUACGUGAAAAUCUUAAAAGACAAAAAGCUCGUUUGAAAACUACAACGGCAGCAACAAAAAAUAUCAAAACGUAA